AUGUCAGACGACGAAGCAGACCCCGAGCUCCUCGAGCUCUUGCGCGCCCAUCUGCAGGGUAAACUCCAGCUCGAUGAAGCGCCCGAGACUGGAGUCCUACAAGGGGUCGAAUAUGUCUACGACAAUGGCAUCGAUGUGGCUAUUGACAUGCGAGCGACCAAGAACGCUGCGGAAACAAUCUACCAGCAGAUGCAGGAAAAGCACUUCUCUACGGCGAGCUGGACGGAUAACGAGCUGCACCCCAAGACCAAAGAUGAGGCUACCGUCGCAUUUAUCUUCACCAUGGACCUGCUCAACUUUUCCUUUUGGUCCGAGCUUCCGCAGGACGAGAGAUUCGCUAUAGAGUACAAGGGCAAGCAAUGGACUGGGUACUGGAGUUUGAUUGCCGCCUUGCAGCGGGCCUUGGAUGAGGGUAUACCUAUUGCUGACCCCGAGUACUGGAUUGACCAUGAAAAAUUUACCUUCGAGUCAUUAAAGCAUGUUUUCCGGUCUUGUACAGAAGAAGAAAUGCCAUUACUGCGGGAGCGUUAUGACUGCCUGCGAGAAAGUGGUCAGGUCCUCUUCGACAAAUAUGAUGGUUCCAUAUUACGUCUUCUCGAUGAGGCCGGUGGCUCAGCCGCUACGCUGGUGAACUUGCUUGCGCAAGACUUUGACUGCUUCCGCGACGAGCACCCCUUCGAGGGGAGCCAAAAGCCCAUACGGAUACUCAAGCGAGCGCAGAUUCUGGUUGCCGACCUGUGGGCUUGUUUUCAGGGAGAGUCAUAUGGAAGCUUCCAUGACAUUGAUAAGAUAACCAUGUUUGCCGACUACCGCAUCCCGCAAAUACUGGUGAGCCUGGGCGCCCUGUAUCUGAGCCCCUCGGUCGCCAGCGCGAUCAAAUCGUGUAAAAUCAUAGAGAGCGGCAGUUCCUGGGAAGUUCAGCUGCGAGUAUAUGGUGCGUCGAGUUGA